CGACCAUCAACAGGCCUCAGCUGUUAUACUGAGAGGGGAACCAUCCUUUAUUUCUCAAAUAACACUGUAAAACAACACUUUACUGAUUUAAUUUAAUCUAAAUAAACAUGAAAGAGUUAAGCAUCUUUUCAAUCUGGGUGUUUAUUAACCUGAUGCUGCUGGAGAGCUCAUCUGCUGGUGACUCAAGUGUCGUGAAUCCCUGUUGUUAUUACCCUUGUCAGAACUCAGGAGUGUGUGUGCGAUUCGGUACAGACAGCUACCAGUGUGACUGCACUCGCACCGGCUUCUAUGGAGAAAACUGCACUGUUCCGGAGUUGUGGACCAGACUUCGCCUCCUGCUGAAGCCCAGACCCUCCGUGGUCCACUUCAUCCUCACUCAUUUCCAGUGGUUCUGGAACUUCAUCAACAACUCUUUCCUGCGAGACACCUUCAUGAGAUUAGUGCUGACAGUCAGAAGUGACCUUGUUCCAAGCCCUCCGACCUACAACACCAAAUACGGAUACCUCAGCUGGGAGUCCUACUACAACAUCUCCUACUACACCCGACUCCUUCCUCCUGUACCUGAAGACUGUCCACUACCAAUGGGAACUAAAGGAAAACCUGUUCUUCCUGAUGCCAAAGAGUUGGCUGAGAGGUUUUUCAGGAGGCAGAAGUUUAGGCCGGAUCCUCAGGGGACCAAUCUGAUGUUUGCCUUCAUGGCUCAACACUUCACACACCAGUUCUUCAAGACAAACCAUGGAGUUAGAGGAGGCUUCACCAAAGCGCUAGGACACGGGGUAGAUGCAAGCAACAUCUAUGGAGACGACCUGGAUAGACAACAUCAACUUCGGCUUCAUAAAGAUGGAAAACUGAAAUAUCAGAUGGUAAAUGGUGAGAUGUACCCACCUACGGUAUCUGAGGUCCCUGUGCACAUGGUUUACCCUGAAGGCUUCCCAGCUGAGCAGCGCCUGGCCAUCGGUCAGGAGGUGUUUGGCCUCCUGCCGGGCCUCACCAUGUACGCCACCAUAUGGCUGAGGGAGCACAACAGAGUCUGUGACAUCCUGAAGGUCGAACAUCCCAGCUGGGAUGAUGAGCAGCUUUUCCAGACCACCAGACUCAUUAUCAUUGGUGAGAUCAUUAAUAUCAUAAUAGAAGAGUACGUGCAGCACCUGAGCGGCUACCUGCUGAACCUGAAGUUCGACCCGUCGCUGCUCUUCGGCGUACGUUUCCAGUACAGCAAUCGUAUCGCCCUGGAGUUCUGCCAGCUCUACCACUGGCACCCACUGAUGCCUGACAGCUUCCUCAUCGACGGAGAGGAAAUCCCGUACUCUCAGUUUCUAUACAACACCUCCCUCCUCAUGCAUUAUGGCGUGGAGAAGCUGGUGGAUGCUUUCUCUCGACAGCCUGCAGGACAGAUAGGAGGAGGUCGCAACUCUCAUCAAAUGGUGCUUAGAGUGGCAGAAAUGGUCAUCAGAGAGUCCAGAGCUGCUCGUGUGCAGCCUUUCAAUGAAUACAGGAAGAAGUUUAACUUGAAACCAUACAAGUCUUUUGAUGAAUUCACUGAUGACUCAGAAAUGGCUCGAGGCUUAGAGGAACUCUACGGAGACAUAGAUGCUCUGGAGUUUUACCCCGGCGUCCUGCUGGAGAAAGCUCGUCCUAACAGCAUAUUUGGUGAGAGCAUGGUGGAGAUGGGUGCUCCCUUCUCCCUGAAAGGCCUUCUGGGAAACCCCAUCUGCUCCCCUGAGUACUGGAAGCCCAGCACCUUCGGAGGAGAGACGGGCUUUAACAUCGUCAAAACCUCCACUUUGAAGAAGCUGGUGUGUCUCAACACCAAGUCGUGUCCAUACGUGGACUUCCACGUCCCACGAAAUGAGGAGGAGGUAAAACCGAGGAAAGUGUCCACUGAGCUUUGAUGAGUAAACACCUGCUGAUCUGUGCCUUUAUCUAUCACUUUAUCAUGAUUCCGUCACAAACCUAAUCAGACCAGGUGUAUGAUUGUUAGGGGACAAAUGGUUAUUUUAAUACUACAUGUGCAAAUACAGCGGCUUUCAUCCCACCAACGUUAGUAAGAUACUGUACAUUUAAGCAGGUCUACCUCCAAAAAUACAGCUGACAGCUCACUUCAUUUGAUAAUCACUGUGUAAACUGAAAUAAACACCCUCUGAACCUCGAAGA